AUGAGUGUCCGAGUUGUCGCGCGUAUUCGUCCUCUACUAAAGUCCGAACGGGAGGCCGAUGUAAUCCUUCGUACAGGAUCUUCCGCUGCCGCCGACGCCAAAUCACGUCAGUCCAUAAUCAGCGACAACAGUGACAAGAGUGACAAGAAAUUGGCGGCAUUGAGGGACAGGGAUAAUAUCGUCCGGAUCCCUAACCCCAAGAAUGAGGGAGAGGAAUAUGCGUUCCAGUUCAAUGGCGUGUAUGACGCGGAUGUAUCGCAGCAGGAGCUGUUCGAUGCUGAAGUGUCACCAACGAUCAAGCAUCUUCUCAACGGAUUCGACGUGACUCUCUUCGCAUACGGUGUCACUGGAACAGGCAAAACACACACAAUGCGUGGCGGGAAAACCCUGGCUGAUCGGGGUGUGAUUCCCCGCCUUCUGAGUGGCAUCUACAGACGCAGCCGGAAGAUCGAGAAGGAUAGCAAUGGGGAGACAACAGUCCAGGUUGCCCUGAGCUAUUAUGAAAUCUACAACGAUAAGGUGUACGACUUGUUCGAGCCGCUCGAGAAGCGCACAAUGUCAGGUCUUUCCCUCCGGGAUAAUGGUGGCAAAACUGUAGUUUGCGGCUUGAGCGAGAAGUCAUGUACUACUCUUAAGGAGUUUGAGCAGCUCUAUGACCAGGCCAACACAAACCGAUCUACCUCCGCGACAAAGCUCAACGCCCAUUCGUCUCGAUCUCACGCUAUUCUCGGCGUGAAGGUUACCGUCACCUCUCCUGGCAAGGUUCGCGUCAGCACUGCUUCCGCUAUUGAUCUCGCAGGAUCCGAAGACAAUCGACGGACAGAAAAUGAUAAGGAGCGCAUGGUCGAAUCGGCUAGCAUCAACAAGAGUCUUUUUGUUCUGGCGCAAUGUGUCGAGGCUAUUAAUAAGAAGCAGCAUCGCAUCCCAUACCGCGAGUCCAAGAUGACAAGAAUUUUGUCCUUGGGCCAGAACAAUGGCUUGACAGUGAUGAUUCUUAACCUCGCGCCUGUACGAUCUUAUCAACUUGACACAAUUAGCUCUCUGAACGUCGCCAAUCGCACACGGAAGAUCGAGGUUCGGGAAGUAGAAAACGAUCCCAUGUUUAAGGGUCCGGCGCGGCCAUCGAUCCGGCCAUCCAUGGGCACACGGCAACCUUUGCGUGCACUGACAGCUUCUGUGAACGUCAAUAUGCCGGCGCCCGUUGCAAAGGACUCCACAGAAAAGGAAGACGGGAAACCAGUGAAGGCAUUCAGCGUGUAUUCGGACAAACCGCAAUCCAAGCUUAUUAGUCAACUCCGGAAACCGGAAGCGCCGAAACGCACCUCGAUCUCGAACGCCCCUUCCGGUCUUCCAUCAUUAAAGUCCGCUCGUCAGCCUCUGGGCGCGCAACCGACCACUCGCCAUGACGACUUCUCGGCUGCUAGGAUCGAGGAGAUGGUCGAGAGGAAGGUUGAGGAGAUACUCGCUGUGCGGGCUGUGAGCGAAAAAUCGAGGCAGACACAAGUCUAUGAGAUUAAUGAGCAACUUAAAAGGCGAUUGGAACAGUUGGAGCAGCGUAUUGAUGGCUCAGAAGAUGCCCGCGCCGAGGGUCUCUCAUACCUGCUGAUGGCCAAGCAACAUCAGGCGCGUGGCGAAGACACCUCAGCAUUGAGAAUGUACCAGCUUGCAGCUCCCCACUUCCCUCACAACGAGAAGCUGGCAGGCAAGAUUGCUGCCCUGAAGGAGCGCGUUCAUGCAAAGGCUUGGGAAGAGAAAACUCACUCUCCGCCCAAGGGGAGGUUGGGUAGCAUGCUCUCAGUCAAGAAGGAUGUCACACAAACCCUCGGCAAACGCCAAGCAGAGAAUCAUGAGAAUGACUACAUGGACCAGACUGAUGCCGGCUUUUCAAGUGACGAGGAUGUUCCUCGCCCAAGACAGAAAAAGCGCGCUGCAGCCAAGCUCGGUCAGAUCGAGGAAGCCCCCGAACUCCUUCAUAGUGGGGACCCGCCUCUCUCUCCCCGAACUAUGCAUAUUCUUUCCAUAAUCAACUCGCGGGACGUGAGCCAGAUCAAAUUGCUCAAGGGAGUGGGCGCAAAGAAGGCAGAGGCUCUUGUUGACUGUCUCUGCGAGAUGGAUCAGGCAUCAUUGGAUACAAAUGAUAGUGAAAUCAUCUCAGACCAGCCCCAAUUCCAGGUCAAUAGCCUGGCACAGCUGAGCCAACUGAAAGGUGUUGGAGUCAAGACGGUCCAGAACAUGAGACAAGGAGUAUUGGCUUAA